CUUCAGUUUUUCGUAUAAUACAAAUGCUAGAAACUACUUCCUUUAGUUAAACGAAAGCCAUAUGAAGUGCCUUGUAUGCUAAAUUAUAUAUACAGGAAAAUUAUUGCUAUUGGAUAAUAUUUAUUGUAUACUGCAAAACAUAGUAUAUAUAUCAACUUUUGUUAUUUAUAGUUUUAUAUAAUAGAAUUGAACUUAGAAAUGAAUCCAUUAACAAACGUUCGAAAUGUGACAAAGUUAAAUGAACAAGACAUAAAGAAUGGUAGAUUUGAUCACAAUCUAACAUGGCAUGCACAGUAUAAAGACAGUGCUUAUAUUUUUGUUGGAGGACUUCCGUAUGAUUUAACUGAGGGUGAUGUCCUUUGUGUUUUUUCCCAGUAUGGAGAGAUUGUUAACAUUAAUCUUGUUCGUGAUAAGAAAACUGGAAAAUUCAAAGGAUAUGGAUUUCUCUGUUACGAAGAUCAGCGAAGCACGAUAUUAGCUGUUGAUAAUUUUAAUGGCAUAAAGCUGGGUGGAAGAACGAUUCGUGUUGAUCACGUAGGAGAGUAUCGUGUUCCAAAGGGCGAUGAAAAAGACGAAAGUGGGAAAUAUAAAGACAAAAUAGAAACUGGUUGUGCUCCAAGAACUCCGUCACCUGAGCCAAGUGAUGAUGAGCCUUCACUUGUUUAUAAACCUGAGAAAAAGAAGAAAAAGAAGGACAAGGAUAAGAAGAAAAAGAAAAAGAAAAAAAAGUCUGAAUCACUCCAAGAAGAGUCUGACUCUGAUACUGAUACUAAAUAUAAAAAUAAAGUUCAAAAAAGCGAAAAGGAGAGGUCUCAUAGAGAUGACAGCUAUAGCGGAAAACAUAUUGAGAGACAGGACAAAAAUGAAAAGAAAAGAAUUGCAGAAUAUGAUCCACAUAUUAGAAAGGAUAGAUAUUCUGAUGACAAUGAUUAUCAUAAACGUGACAAAUAUGACCAUAGUAGGCAUCGAGUGAAAGAUAAUAGAGAAAGACACUCAUCUUUGUACCGUAAAAAAAGACGAUCUAGAAGUAACAGUUUAGACAGGAGUAGAAGAUAAUUUGUUUGUCUACAAAAUAAAUUUGUAGUGUUUUUUAAUAAAUAUCAUGUUUUUUCUAUUUCUGUAGAAAAUUGAUAAUAAACUUAGAAAACUUUAAAUGGCAUGUUUAUCUGAUAAGUUAUGUAUUAAAUAAAUGAGUAUAACUUGUAGCAGUAUAACUCUAAAGUAAUCAUAAAAUAAGGGUAUUUUUAACUGCUAUAAAUAAAUAAAUAAUACCAUUUUUCUGCAGUUUAUUUUACUUGAAAUACUUCAAUUGUGAUUUCAAGUUUUUAUUAUUUUUUUUUCAGCCUGUGCUGUAAAUUAUUACAUAUAAAUAUUUUUCUCUUUAUUUGGCUCUUAAUUUAUGAAAAUUAAAACGACUGAUAUGGAAAACUAGUUUGAAUUGGAUUGUUUUGUAUCUGGCCACGACUAUUAGAUUCCAUUCUGACUGUUUUUUACCUGCAUUUGGCCAGUUUGGAAGGUGAGGUAGGCCAACUUCCAAAGUGUUUCCUCUAUACAUCUUAUUUAACAACCAAUAAAACCUCUACGUUAUCAUCUUUACCAUAAUCAAGAUUAGAAUAUAACACCAGUGUCUAUGCCUUUCAUGUUUUUUAUUUCAAUUUUUGGUCACAUCGGCAAGUAAACGACGACAUAAACCUUUAUGAACUCUAUGAACUCAGUUGAAACUUUGUCUACAUUUGCUUGCACACAAAUUAUGUUAUUAGAGCUGCAGUGAAGAAUUAGACACUCAUUUUUAUAUGUAUUUCUUGUCCUGAGCAAACAAUUUUUAUUUUCGAAGUACAUAUUUUUUUCUGAAAGUUACACAGGCAUGUAUUUUUGGAAAUGUAACAAGAAAUUUGUAUUAAAAGUAGAUCACAAUCAUACAAAAUGUAAUUUUUUAUUUAUGUAUUUUGCAACAUUGAAAUGUGAUUUUUCUGUAAAAUGACUAUGCAGAAUAUGAAUAUGUACUGUUUUAAGUUUAUAAAAUAUAGGACAUACAAGACAAAAUUGGUGUAUUGGUGCAAUCCAUUUCCAUGCUUACUUUACACAUGUUUUGAUAUUUAUAUUUAUAUUAUUUAUUUUAUCUGUUUCCGGGUAUUUUUUAACAGACUUUAGUUGUUGUAAUAUUUAGUAGCUGAUUAUACACAUCAACUUAACUUUACCAUUAACUUCAUUUUUUAAUGUCAUAAACAUAACUUUCCAAUUUUUUUUUCUUCAGAAUCAUCAUCGUCUUCAUCAUCAUUCUCGGCUUAACGUUCGUUUUCCAUGCUAGCAUGGGUUGGACGGGGUAUAUUAAUGACCCUCUUACAAUCUGAUCUAGACUGUGUUAGAUCUAAACUCAACUUCCUCUGUACCAAGUCUGUCCUUAUAACCUCGUGCCAAGUCUUUCUCAGUCUGCCUCUGUACUUUGUAUUUAAUUAUUUUUAAUUGCUUAUCUAAUGUAGUGAUCAUAAAAUUAAAUCCUAAAAAAAGCAACAUGGCAGACUCACCAGUUGAAAGUGCUCGAGCGAAAGGAAAAACUGUUGUCAAGCCAAUUGUCUUUGGGAAUGAGUCGAAAUACUUUGGUAAAAAAAGAGAAAA